AUGGAGGAAACAAAAAAGAGCUUGCUUGAUGAUUCCUUUACAAGUGCAAUGGCACUUACCAAUUCAGGUGUGCCUCAAGUGCCUGAUCGUUACGUUCUUCCACCAUCGCAAAGGCCAGCUCUUGGUUCAGGCAUAGGCACCAGAGAUGAUACAACACUUCCUGUCAUUGAUCUCUCUCUUUUACAGCAACCUUUGUUUCGGUCACGUGCAAUCCAUGAUAUCAACAAAGCCUGCAAGGAGUUUGGUUUCUUUCAGGUUGUAAACCAUGGGAUACCAUUACCAGUGGUUAAAGAUGCCUUAGAUGCAGCAACACAGUUCUUUGACUUACCUGUGGAGGAGAAGAUGCUUAUGGUGUCAUCAAACGUUCACCAGCCAGUAAGAUAUGGCACAAGCAUCAACCAUUCAACAGAUAAAGUUCACUACUGGAGAGAUUUCAUUAAACAUUACUCUUAUCCUCUAUCAAAAUGGAUCGAUAUGUGGCCAUCUAAUCCUCCAUGCUAUAAGGACAAGGUGGGUAAGUACGCAGAGGCAAGUCACUUGCUACACAAGCAACUACUAGAAGCAAUCUCAGAAAGCCUAGGACUGGAGAAACAUUACUUACAAGAACAAACUGAAGAAGGCUCACAAGUCAUGGCAGUGAACUGUUAUCCACCAUGUCCUGAACCUGAAGUUACCUUGGGAAUGCCACCACACUCGGACUACGGCUCGCUGACCAUCUUACUUCAAAGUAGCGAGGGACUCCAGAUAAUGGAUGCCAACAAGAACUGGGUAUGUAUUCCCUAUAUCGAAGGAGCUUUGAUAGUUCAGUUGGGAGAUCAAGUUGAAGUGAUGAGCAACGGAAUAUACAAGAGUGUGAUUCAUCGUGCAACGGUGAACAGAGAUGUCAAGAGGCUAUCUUUUGCAAGUAUUCACAGUCUACCUUUGCACAAGAAGAUAAGUCCAGCACCUGAGCUACUCGAUGGAAACAAUACAGCAGCCUACGGGGAAUUUAGUUUCAACGAUUUUCUUAACUACAUCUCGGGCAACGAUUUUUUACAGGAAAGGUUCAUCGAUACACUUAAGAAGAGCAGCUCCUGA